AUGGGUUUCCCCCACCCGGGUACUGAUAUGGGUCUCUCUAAUCCAAAGAAAUCUCAACGACCCACAAAGAAGAGAGAAGGGCGUUGCUGGGGCUGGGCGCUUGAGGGAGGGAGAAAUAGAAAGAGGGGAGGAGAGGGGAUGGUGAGAGGGAUGGGGGAGGGUGUUUACGCAGGGAGCCGCUGCGGUCGGCAUGAAUUUGGGGAAGAGAUUGAAAAAGAAGAGACU